GUCAUCGUGUAUUCAACGUGCUAUAAAAGAGUACCAUGUGGCUGGAAAUUAACACUAACCUCACUCUGAUUGGCGGCUGUAGUUACUCUCAUUGACGGUGUGUGUAAUCUAAAGUUGACCAUACAUCGUCUUCAUGUGGUCAUGUAAGAAGUAGAAAGGGUCUUCCCCACUUCAUUUAGGAGGGGCGUGGACGGCAAUUAGGGCCGUAACUGAAUCAACCAUCACCCUCGUAUUUAGCAAACCCAAAAAAAAAAAAAAAUUUAGAAACAAUAAAUAAUUCUGCUAUAAUAAAUAAAUAAAUAAAUAAUCCCCUUAUCAUGGCCUUACCGUUCAGUUUCCUUAUCUUUUCCAUAUCAAACCUAUGCUCUUCUCUUGUUCCUCCAUUGGACCUCGCAAGUCGCACCCAUCUCCUCUCCUCUCCCCUCCCCUCCCCUCCGUCCUAUUAUUCCCUCCAUAAAUUAAAAAAAGGAAAAGCGAGAAAUAAGCGAGCCAUUAAGCCCUAUGUCACCGUGAUUUGAUCUCUACAACCGUAGAAGAGAAGGAAGAUGAAGAGAGAUCGCCCUGAAAGCUGCAGUGCUGCUGGCUGUGGCAUUGCUGGCUAUGAUGCUAACUAUGCUGAAAAUAAAGGUGAAUCUUCGUCUUCAAUGGGGAAAGGAAAAUUAUGGGAAGAAGACCAAGACCCCGGAGGUAUGGAUGAAUUGCUUGCCGUUUUGGGUUACAAGGUCCGCUCAUCUGACAUGGCGGAUAUUGCCCAGAAGCUUGAACAGCUUGAGAUGGUAAUGGGUACUGCUCAAGAAGAUGGGAUUUCGCAUCUUUGUUCUGAUACUGUACACUAUAAUCCCUCAGAUCUCUCUGGUUGGGUUCAGAGCAUUCUCUCUGAGUUUAAUGUACCCAUAGGUCUUGAUGCCUCUGGUAUGCUUCAAAAUCAACACGAUUCUGUUUUUGGUUCUUCGACAAUCACUUUCUCUAAUCCUCAAUUGCACCCAUCUGGAAUUUUUAGUGAUGAUUCUGAAUAUGAUCUUAGAGCAAUUCCUGGUAUGGCUGCUUAUCCACAACCGGAUUCAUUAUCAGAAAGGGAAAUUAGCAGGAAGAGAAUGAAAACAUCUCCUGAUACUGAUACGGGAAACAAUACCAACUCCAAUUCAAAUCCGACGCCGCCUCUCUUAGCUGAUGCUGCUUCUUCUUCGUUUUCAUCUUCCUCACCGCCAUCAACAAUUACGGUUUCAGGCAAUUUAUCUGAGCCAACUCGGCCGGUAGUCUUAAUUGACUCGCAGGAGACUGGAGUCCGUCUCGUGCACACGCUAUUGGCUUGUGCAGAGGCAGUUCAACGGGAGAAUCUUAAGCUCGCAGAGGCACUUGUGAAGCAUAUAGGCUUGCUUGCGGCGUCUCAAGCUAGCUCUAUGAGGAAAGUGGCUACUUAUUUUGCCGAGGCCUUAGCUCGCCGCAUUUACAAAAUCUACCCACAAGAAUGCCUCGAUCCUUCAUAUUCUGAUACUUUAGAGAUGCAUUUCUACGAGACCUGUCCCUACCUCAAAUUCGCCCAUUUCACAGCUAAUCAAGCAAUUCUUGAAGCUUUUGCUACUGCGAGUAGAGUUCAUGUGAUCGAUUUUGGCCUAAAGCAGGGGAUGCAGUGGCCGGCACUCAUGCAAGCGCUUGCUUUACGCCCAGGUGGGCCGCCGGCUUUUCGGUUAACUGGAAUUGGCCCACCGCAGCCAAACAACACCGACACUUUACAGCAAGUGGGUUGGAAGCUAGCGCAGUUAGCCGAAACUAUUGGCGUCGAAUUCGAAUUCCGCGGCUUUGUAGCCAACAGUUUAGCGGAUCUCCAGCCAGAAAUGCUCGACCUUCGUCCUCCGGAGGUGGAGACUGUUGCCGUUAAUUCAGUAUUCGAGCUUCAUCGCCUCCUGGCCCGACCAGGUGGGAUUGAUAAGGUUCUUUCCUCCAUCAAGGCCAUGAAGCCCAAGAUUGUGACCAUUGUUGAACAAGAAGCCAACCACAACGGCUCGGUUUUUGUAGACCGGUUCACUGAAGCUUUGCAUUAUUAUUCCAGUUUGUUCGACUCUUUAGAAGGAUCUGGAUUGGCUGUGCCUAGUCAGGACCUGGUUAUGUCGGAGUUAUACUUGGGGAGGCAGAUAUGCAACGUGGUGGCUUGCGAGGGGGCGGACCGAGUUGAGCGACAUGAGACCUUGAGUCAUUGGCGAACUCGAAUAGAAUCGGCUGGGUUUGAUCCGGUUCACCUUGGUUCGAACGCGUUUAAACAAGCUAGCAUGUUAUUGGCGCUAUUUGCAGGUGGUGAUGGGUAUCGGGUGGAGGAAAAUAAUGGAUGUCUGAUGCUUGGGUGGCAUACUAGGCCGCUUAUUGCCACCUCGGCUUGGAAACUAGGUGGUGGUUCGCAGGAAUGAUUCAACUCGGUUAAGGUGGUGAGUUAAUGUUACGAGUCAGUGAAUCUCGAAACCCCUGGGUGUGAGUGAGACUUGACACGGGAGGGUAACAACUAAAAACAAUCAAGCGUGUACUUGUAGCCCUUUUUAGACAACUCUUGGUCCUUUUUCCUCCUGUUUUUUCCUUGAUGUAAUCUUAGAUUUUCUUUUUAAUAAAUUUUUUAAUCAA